AUUGGAUUGAAAGUAUCGUUUCCACUUCCGCUUCACUCAUCGUAUAGUUUUUGGACUUGCCAUUAUUGGCAUGAGGUUUGACUUGUGAAUUGAGCUUCUAUUUAAUCAAACAAAAUGAUUCUCUUGGAAAAUAAUAAUAGGAUUAUUGAAGAAACGCUGUCGUUAAGGUUCAACAAUGCGCUAGCGGGAGGUAAACCAGAAAGUGUAGAUAUAACCAUAGCAGAUUUUGAUGGAGUAUUGUAUCAUAUUUCCAAUCCCAAUGGUGAUAAAACUAAAGUAAUGAUCAGUAUUUCUCUGAAAUUCUUUAAAGAAUUGGAACAAUAUGGUGCAGAGGAAUUACUGAAAAAAGUUUACGGCAGUUACCUGACAACUACAGAAGCCGGUCACAAUGCGUCCCUUCUGUACGACCUUGAGAAUGUGCCAGCAAAUAAAGAUGAAGUGGUCAAAGAAGCUGGUCUUUUUAAGAGGCACUGCUUUGCAUCGGUAUUCAAUACCUACUUUGACUUCCAAGAACGUGAAGAAUCGGGACAUAAACAAGCUGUCAUUCAUUACAGAGACGAUGAAACUAUGUAUGUCCAAGCACAACCUGAUCGAGUAACAGUGGUUUUCAGUACUGUCUUCAAAGAUGAUGAUGAUGUUAUAAUUGGAAAAGUUUUCAUGCAGGAAUUCAAGGAAGGUCGGCGUGCUAGUCACACGUCUCCACAAGUUCUAUUUACUCACAAAGAACCACCUCUAGAGCUGCAAAAAACUGAUGCUAUGGUGGGGGACAACAUUGCAUAUAUCACAUUUGUAUUGGAACCAAGACAUACUAACCGUAAUACUCGUGACAAUACCAUUAACCUGAUACAUCUCUUCAGAGACUACCUUCACUAUCACAUUAAAUGUUCAAAGGCUUAUAUUCACUCUCGUAUGCGUACCAAAACCAACGACUUUCUGAAAGUUUUAAACCGAGCACGACCAGAAAUUCAGGAAAAGAAAGAAAAGAAAACAAUUUCAGGAAAAAUGUUUCACCGAAAUUAGUAAGUGUCAAGACAGAAUUAAUUACUGGACAGGUCAAUCUAAAAAUUAAAGUUUACUUAAAUCAUGGAUACAUUCAGUUCUUUUUUUUUUUUACAGAAUUUAGAAGCAAAUUAUUAAUCAAGAUUAAUAAUAUCAAGCUAUUUUUAGUCCAAUUUGCUGUAUACAUGUAUUUCUCAUUUUUGCAACUUCUUAACUAUGCACUCUGAGGACGGUUAUUUUUCUGGAACAAAUUUCAAGAGCUGCUUUGCAAUAUUCGUGGCAUGUGUGAGUGAUAAAUCUGUACAAGCUUGUACUGCUGAACAUGUCCAGUCCGGGGGGGGGGGGGGUUCCCUUAGGAUCUGUACCUAUCUGAAUCUCUGGUAUUCUGAGGGAAAACAACUUUUGUAGAUUUUUACUGACUGAUGAUGUUGGUUUCAAUUUUUCAUUGGGUGAACGCCUUGCCACAUGUCAACCUUUUAAAAGUAAUUAGAUCUGGUGCCUGUCAGUGUACCCAACCAUUCAUUGUAAAAUUGAUGUUAGUUUGCAACUGCUAUGUAUACUAUGUUGGUACAUUUUAAUGCAGUUGACAGUAGAUGAGGAAAACCUCUGUCCUCAGAGUGCAUUCAACCUGUACACAUGGACAUGCAUCAAACCAGUAAAUAUGAUCUGAAUAUGUAAAAUUAUAGCUUCUCCAUAGUUGUUCAGUUCGGUAACAACACUGUUCUCGGGUCAAUGCAAAGCUAACUACAAGAUUGUGUCUGAUUGGCUACCCAGCCCUAACAUCUCACAUCAAGACCAAUCAGAGAGCAGCUUGUUUGUUUACAGGAUUUUUCAACCUUGUAUAUACGCUCGAUUCGACGGCUGUUUUCACGGUGAAGGAAGGGUGAAGAUAAAGUAAAACAAAUACUUUCAUAGCUUGGGAUAUGGGGAAAAAUAUAUUGCAAUUUUUUUGAAAGAGAAUUUAUAGGUAUAUGAAGUGUUGUUUGUUUCCAUAUGAAUAUUAGGCUAGUGACACCCACUUUAUUUUCUUUGGAAUUAUUAGAAAAGUAAUUGAUUUUAAUAUGUGUAACAAUUUUUUUUUAUAGAAAUUAUGCUUGACCUUAAUAAUGAUAUUCUCAUAAUUAACCAUUUCAUAUAUAAAAUUAUUUUCAAUCUACAUUAUGGUUUUAAAAAUCUUUUUUUUUCCCUCUUGGACAUGUCUGAUUUCAAACUCUUCAUAUGCAUGUAAUUGGGAAACUAAACAACCGCAGUAACCUGGUGUGAAUUACAAACUAAAACUUGUUAUUAGUUACCUAAUGUUCUGAGGUUGCAUCUAUAUUAACCAAGUGAAUUUAUUCUGAAAAUCCUCUGUUGAGCUUGUGAGGGCGCUGUAUGAAGUCCUGAAACCUCUUAUUAACAUUUUUUGUUGACCAAUAUGCACUGACAACAGCGAUGGUCGUUGCGGCAUGUCAUGUUUGAUAUGGUUUCCCGGAAGUGUUAUACAAUUCAUAUACAAUUCAUAUGUCUGUUUACAUAAAAAAGAAAUGUGACCACUUGCAGCAUAAUGAACACAUUUAUUCAUUUUCUGUGAACCAUCAUAGAUGAAGAAUAAACAGUUUUGCUGUCAGGAUUAUAGUUGAUGGGUUCUGGAAAAUAUGGUUCUGUGAAUUUUAGAUUUUAUAUGCAUGUAGAUAUUCAGAAGUGAUAAAAAAAAAGAAUGAUUCAAUAAAAGUCGAUUUACUUUA